CCACUUAUUCCUUUGUAGCAUUUUAUAGUGUUAGAGACGAGGCCCCUUUCUCCUCUUUCCCUACUGUAACCCUAGCCGCCUUAGCCGGAGCUGAAAGCCUACCGGUACCUGCGCCUCGUGAUUGAACCCUAACUUCGGCUAAUUCGCAGAACUCCAGAACAGAGAACAUCUUACCAUUCCAAUCCAACCCUGACUCCAAAAAUUUCCCCACCCUAGUCCACAUAAUCGACAACCAGAACAGCAUAUUUCCCAUACAGACCUUUCGAGAACCCCUAACCAACGGAACAAAAUCUGGAAGACCAUUGGCAAACCAGAGAACUGCCUCUUUCGGAAGUUUAAUCCACCUAUUCUGAGCGGGAUUUUUCUCGGGCUCGGGCACGAACAGAAACUGAAUAUCUCUCCCCUAGUCCGCAUUCAAAUCGAAGGUCGUCCUCUCGAUCUGAAUCGUGAACUGGACAUCACCUGCUACAUUCAAAGCCAUAGGGAGAUUCGAGAGAGGGAAGUCGCUUCGCACGAGAGAGGAACGACAUAGAAAAGAGGAUUGAAGGGCCCCCCAAAACUGACAAAUUUUUUUGCGAUGUCAUUCGCUUAAUCGUCUCCUUCCGUCUUUCUUUGAGUGCAACAUAUUUGCUUAAUUUCAUCUUCGCAGCACUGGUCAGUAGUAGCACGAAACAGGAUGAAGCUGGAUGUUGACGUGUUGAGAUACUUGUCUAAAGAUGAUUUUAGGGUUCUCACAGCCGUUGAAAUGGGAAUGAGGAAUCAUGAAAUUGUGCCUUCAGAACUUGUGGACCGGAUUGCAGCUCUCAAGCAUGGAGGAACGUACAAGGUGUUGAAGAAUUUGCUCAAGCACAAGCUGCUGCACCACGACUCUUCCAAAUAUGAUGGUUUUCGCCUCACCUACCUUGGUUAUGAUUUUCUUGCUAUUAAGACCAUGGUUAAUCGUGGAGUAUUUAUGGCUGUUGGUCGUCAAAUUGGCGUGGGAAAAGAGUCAGAUAUCUUUGAAGUUGCGACUGAAGACGGUGCAGUUCUGGCAAUGAAGCUGCACAGGCUGGGUAGAAUUUCUUUUAGGGCUGUAAAAUCUAAGCGUGAUUAUUUGAGGCAUCGCAGUAGUUAUAAUUGGCUUUAUUUGUCGCGGCUUGCUGCGGUUAAAGAGUUUGCUUUUAUGAAGGCUUUAGGAGAACAUGGUUUCCCAGUCCCAAAUGCUGUAGAUUGUAAUAGGCAUUGUGUGGUUAUGUCGCUUGUCCAAGGUUAUCCACUUGUACAAGUGAAGCAAUUGCAAAAUCCGGACACUGUUUUUGAAACAAUCAUUGGACUUGUUGUUCGUCUGGCAGAAUAUGGUCUUAUUCACUGCGAUUUCAACGAGUUCAACAUAAUGAUUGAUGAUGAUGAGAAAGUCACGAUGAUUGAUUUUCCUCAAAUGGUAUCUGUAGCUCAUCGUAAUGCACAGAUGUACUUUGACCGUGAUGUUGAUUGCAUCUUUAAGUUCUUCAGCAAGAGGUUCAACCUGUCUUUUCAAGAAAAUUCAGAAGAAUUUGAUGGUUCAGAGGUAGAUAUGGAUGAGAAUGGGAGGCCUUGCUUUUCUUCAAUUGUGAAAGCUGCUAAUUCUCUAGAUAAGGAACUUGCUGCCAGUGGGUUUACUCGAAAGGACCAGGAUGAUAUUGUGAAGUUCAUUGAAGGAGAAAUUGAGGCAGAUCAAGCUUCAGAUGAUGAAGAAAGUCUAGAUGGAGACAUGUCUGAUGAAAAUAAUGAUGCAAACAUUGUGCAUUUUAAUUCUCUCUGCUUGCUGGAGCAGAAAAAGCAAACUCUGAAAUGUGACGAGGGAAGUGAUGUAGAUGGGAAUCAACCACAUCAUGAAGCCGGUCAAUGCAGUGGACAUGAAAUAAAAAAAGAGGAUAACCAGACUCCGAGUGAAGAUACUGCUGUACUAAUGAAGCGUCUGAACAAGCAAAGACGUCGAGCUGUAGCCGCAGUCCAACGGGGACAUAAAACCCCAACCUCCAGAAAUUCAUACAAGGACAAGGGUGGUAGGUCCUCUCACAAUUCCAAGAUCCAGAAGCAAAUGAGCAACUGGUGAUGCAAAUCUUAACCACAGUAAUAAAGAGCCAUCAAUCAAGUUCUUUGCCGAAUCCGAAACAAUUGUGAAGAGGACCUCCCAGCAUGCCUUUUGUCAAAUGGGCAGAGAGUUACACAAGGAGCAACCGAGCACAAUAACCAGUCAAGCAAGAUUCCCAGCCUUCUUUGUUUCCCUCCCAAGUUUAUUUUAUUUUUUGUUAAAAAAUUGAGCUGUUAGGUAUCAUUUUUAUUUUUGGUUUUGUUGUACAGUUAGAAAAAAAAUCCAUGUUAUCACAAUGCAUGAGAUCCUAUAUUAUUUCAAUAUCCAAAAUUUUGACCAUUCCAUGCAA